UAGUCGCUUUGCCGCUUGGAACGGGCGCAGCGUCGCCGGUCACACGGAGAAGGCGAGAGAGACACCGAGCUGAUGUAGAGACCAGCCCAUGAAGUGAUAGAGAUUCAAAGGUUGUGUGCAGUGUUCAGUGACGUAACAGUAGUGACAAUUUUAUAAAAACAAUAAACGUGUUGGUAAACAAUGGAAAACAAAAGCUCGAUCUCAGCCGAAUGGCACAUCCCACGGCCGUCGUUAUCAAGCUGUAGUACUGGUAGCGUUCAGGAGUCCCGGUCAAGAGGCAGCUCAGCAUCAAGCCAGGGUUCUUCCAGCAAUCAUAGCACACACAGCGUAUCUUCGGGAUCACAUCUGUUGAGUGCAGCACAUUUGGCGCGAAUGAACGGAAGGAAUUCUCAAAGGGGUCACGGAUUGAGUCAUAAUAGCCUAAAUAGUGUGCCAAACUCCACCCCACCCACGGCGGUACUGUCGAUACCAGAAGAGACCCACGAUAAUGUAGAUACUUAUUGGGCGGACGUGAAGCGUGGCUCAAUUCCAGAGAAGGACGUCACCUCAUUGGCUAGCUCGACCCAUUUCACGGUGGUGAAUGGUUUCACGAAGCAACAUACGACGAAAGAGCCCAAGACAUGUUGCUGCUACCAUUCGCAUCAGAUAACUGUUCUAGUUAUAUCGAUGACGAUUUUAUUUUCCGCCUGCAUACUGGCUGCUAUAUGCUUCGUAGAAAUGCGAAUGCGCCGUGAGACUGGCAUCUAUAAAUAUUCUUAGACAAUAUAAUAAAGAACCGGACCUUUGGAAUUUACAGAAGUUUUCAAGAAAAUGAAGAAUUACUGCGAUCAAUAUAAUUAUGGAACUGCUUCUCUUAUUUACAGAAUUCAUAUUCUGUUAAAUUUGUUAAACAAUAAUUUGUUUAGCCAAUGUGUGUCCCAACUCACAUUAGAAAAUUUUGCUUUACAUAAUAUGCCUUUAGUGCUUAAAACUAGUUCAUAAGUAGGAAAAUAUUUAAAACCAAUUUAUUUGAAACGAAAUUGAUUCAUUAUUCUUAUUUAAUGUAAUAAGUUAGUACUUAUGUAAAUUAUAGUUUAUCGUUUACUAGAAAAAAAAUUGUAUGUGUCACAUUUCAUUCUUUCUCAUUCAGACACCAUUGCUGUCUAUGCUUACAUACAGUGUAAAAAAAACUGUGAUAAAUUUGACCGACACACGAUCUUCGAAAAGAAUAAGUCGAUCGAAAAACGGAAUGUUAUACGAAGGCUAGGAUUACAUUUUUUACAAAAUGUACUGUUGUAGCAAAAACAAGCCGCCAAGUCCAGAGAAGGUUUAAAAGGUGAAUAAAUAGGAAAAUGCUGCUAAAUUUAAAUAAAAACAACAAAUUUGUUUUUACUUUGAUGUAUCCAUACAUAAUUUCUAUGAGAGAAUUUAUUGACGCACGGUUUGACAGUUCUGCUGUGAGGCAAUUUCAUUACGACAGCAGGGUGCAUAUUUUACGAAGUAAUUUUUGAUGUUAUGAUAUAUUAUUGACAAAUUAUUUUAUUUAUUAUAUACAGAACAACGUCUGUCGGCUCAGCUAGUAGUUUAAUAAUUAUAAAUAGUGCAAUAAAUAAUUUAUAAGCAGUUGGCUACAAUUCCUCUAUUUGAAUAUAUCCGUAAGCUACCAAACUAGGCACCAUACAGACACAACAGUCAUGAUGUGUCCGAGCUGGUUACGUCACCAAACGGACACCAGGCGAUUAACUCCCUAUAGAGCUGUAUACAUUAUGUUGGUAGCGGCGACUGGUGGCGACACCUGGUGUCCCGGUCAAACAUAGCCUUAAAGAACCAAGUUGCAAAUAAUUUCAAAUUAUCUUUAGAAUAACUAUUUAUACUUAUUGUCUUCAUAUAAAUCCUAUUCUCAUCUCAGUGAUGUAUUUAUAAACGUAACUGAACAUUAAUGCUCAAAUUAUAUGUUGUAAUCAGUAGGAUUAAAGUAUUUAAAGCAGAUUAGCUGUGAUCAAUUAAUUGUAGUUUUUGUAAAUAAUAGGAUGAAUUAAGAAAAUAUUUAAACAUACUGUGUAUUAAUAAUAAUUAUUGUAUAUAAUUUUAACUUGGUGUGUAAUUGUUAAAAUUAAUAUUGUUUAAAAUAUUUUGAAGUUGUACCAAUAAAUUAUAAUUAAAACAAUUUAAAAAUCGAGCUAUAAUUAUACAAAUGAUUUAAGUUUUCUUUAGUGUUAAUUCCGCCAAUAUUUGUUUUUAAAACAAUUCGACUCGUGUUUCGCCUCUACACGAGGCAUCCUCAGGACGUGUUGUCUCGCCAAAAUCUGGCACGAGACUGCUGAGGAUGCCUCGCGUAGAGGCGGAACACGUGUCGAAUCGUUUUAAAAACAAAUAUUGGCGGAAUUAACACUAAAGAAAACUUAAAUCAUUUGUAUAAUUAUGGAUUUCCGCAAAGUAACCCCUAAUUCAAUAAAUUUUCGAGCUAUAAUGAUAAAAUCAUUGGUGUCGCGAUAGCUAGAAACGUUGACUCUGACCGCGGAGUCCAAGGUUUGAUCCCCGACCUUUAAGUACAAUUUAGGUUUUCGAAUUUAGAAUUAUUACAUACCUUCACUUGACGCUAUAUUAGGAUGGCCAUGCUCUUUUUUUUUAUGGAAUAGGAGGACAAACGAGCGUACGGGUCAUCUGGUGAUAAGUGAUCACCGCCGCCCACAUUCUCUUGCAACACCAGAGGAAUCACAAGAGCGUUGCGGCGUUGCCGGCCUUUAAGGAAUGUGUACGCGCUUUUUUUGAAGGUACCCGUGUCGUAUCGUCCCCGUGGUGAUCGCUCUUGUGGUUCCUGUGGCGUUACAAGACUUUGGUGAUCACAUGCCAUCAGAGGACCUACAUCAUGUAUACCAGAUCAUGUCUCUCUUCCAUGAAAAUGAAAAUAUUACAUCAUUAUGUACCAUGGGAUUUUGUAUGAUGUAUUAGCUAUCAAACCCAGUAAUAAUUAUUUUACACAUAAAAUAGUUGAAAGAGGUUUAACAACUAUACGUACUUUAGCACAUAUUUAUUUUUGUAUUGUAUUCUGAUGUUUGUUUAGUUAUAAUAAAUUUUAAUUUAAUGGGUUCAUCGUCUGUGGAAAUGAAUCUUAUAAUGUAUGGAUACUAUUUUAUGUUCCGUUAUUUUCAGUGUAGGUAAUGAUAGAAAAAUUAUAUUGAGCGUAAAUGAGAUUCUCUCACCGUGUCACAUAUAUAUUAGGUUGUCAUAAUAAUAAUAAUAACUCUGUUGUUAUUAAAACAUUUAAUACUC